AUGGUUUAUUUGUAUCAAAUUUGUUCUGAUACUCAGUCAGUGACAGCCUCCCACAUUUGUAACAAAAUGAAGUUUCUGGCUAUUUUCGCAGUGCUCGCUGUCGCCAGCGCCGCUGUGGUAGGACGCGACAAGAGGAGCUUCGGCCUUGUAUCUCCCGCUGUCUACACAACAAAUGAACAAUAUGUGGUCUCUUCGCCCGUGUACCGUGCAGUAUCAUCUCCUGUAGUAUACAACGCAUACCGCACACAGCCUGUGAAUUACGUCUCGUACCCAACAACAUACACCGCAGCCGUCCCUCAAGUAUACUCCAGCCCGGUGGUACAUACCGUAAGCAACGACCCAUGGUGCUAA